UGUCGCUUUGUCAGUUUAUAAGGAGCUCUGCUCGACGCGUCUCCUCGUCUCGCGCGGCGCCGCUUCUUGAAUUAUCGCGCGGCGACCCCCGAAUACUCUGCGAUCGCGAGCUCCUCUUCUCCCGUCCCCUUUCGCCCUUUCGUCGCUCUCCUGCCGUCCGACGUUACCCACCGCCUCGUGUCCCUUUUUCUUUUCCUUCCUAUUUCCGUACGAGUUCGGUCGCAUUCUUCGAAAGUUUGGCGUGUUCGUUGUCACGAUUUACGCGGAUAUCCCCCGCUGUUCGAAUCAACGCCGAAACCUCGUUCCUCGCUUCGCCUUUCCCGCCUCUUGUCUCGUCGUGCGUCGUGCCUCCCCUCUCCGCGCUCGUCCGUACCCUCGUCCGGGCUUCUUUUCUCUUCCCUCCCCUCGCGCGCAACGUCGAGCCGUGCAAAAGUCGUCCUCGACUCGUUUCUAGGCUCGAAGUUACGCGGUUCGAGCGACGGACCGAACACCGACGAUCGCAUUUUCCUCGCGACACUUUACCUCUCUCGUCGGCGUACGAUGGUAAUUUUCAAAGCGAGAGACGUUUCCAAGAGACGCGCGGAAGGAGAAUGCGUCGAUUCGAACGUGCUGCGAGCGAACGACGUCGAUCGCUCGAUCUCCGGGUAUCGUUGAUAUCGCGAAUGAAAGAUUGAUUAGCCGUCGGGAUUUUGUUCUCUGGACCAAAAACUGCCAUAGAUUGGCCAUUCGCCGCGGUGGGUAGCAGUAACGGAUACAACGACGGCAGUAGUAACGUCAACGGCAUCGGUAGAGGAAUUAGCUGCGACGAUAAGAACGACAUCGACAACGGCGGUGGUGGAGGCGGCGGCGGCGGCGGCGGCGGCGGCGGCGGCGGCGGCGGCGGAGGCGGCGGCGGCGGCGGCGGAAGCAACCAACGACGGCGGAAGGAAAGAAAGAAAAAGGAGUAGUGGCGACAACGACGACGAUUCGUAGGUCGCGCAAAGGCGCGAUACCGAUCCUUGGGACGGUAUCGUAAGGAAGAAGGACGAUAUCGAAGCAACGUUAUCGAGAGGACGAUCGAAUCGUCAAGAAUGAGCCUGGAAACGUUGCUGGAAGCGGCGCGCUUCGUCGAGCAGCAGGAGAAGAAGAGGGAGCGCGUCGCGAGCAGUUCCUCCUCCUCCUCCGAUCACCCGCUCGCCGUCGCUCCCCACUCUAACCAUCACAAUUCUACCGAGCCACGUGGUGUCAAAUUGAAAAGGGAUCGUGCCGAGCCAGAUGAAUUUCUUUGCGAAGAAAAAAUGCUCAUCAUCGAUGGUACUUCGGGGGCGGAUUCGAGGAACGACGACGACAACGACUACGACUACGACGACGACGACGACGAAGACGACGACGACGAUGGCGACGGCGACGGCGACGGCGACGGCGACGACGACGACGACGGUGCGGACAAAGACGAGAAAGACGGCAAUGACGUUGUCGUCGAAAGUAAAGAGAGCAAUAACAAUGUCAGCGGUCUCAGGAACGCGAAUAAUCUCUCAUCGACGCAGGUCGUCGGUAUAAUCGAUGUAGUCGUCAAGGACGAACCUAUACGUAACUGGAUGUGCCCUCCGCCCAAGAAAAAAUGGAUACGACACUAUUUCCUCGAGGAGGAGCCGUUGGAAAAUACCAGAACAAAUGGGAAUCAUACGAGCGUCUCUGCCCGAGGGAGUCCGGUGAUCGCAAAUUCCCGCGCCACGCCGCCGGUCGCGAACGUCAAUCUUACCAGUCACGUAAAUGCUCUUCAUUCUGCCUCUCAUCAUCAUCAUCAUCAUCACCACCACCAUCAUCACCAUCAUCAUCAUCAACAGCAGCAGCAGCAGCAGCAGCAGCAGCAGCAACAACAACAGCAGCAGCAGCAGCAGCAGCACCAACAACAGAUACAACAGCAACAGCAAUCACCGGCGCCACCACCGGCGCCGCACUAUCAACAGCAACAACUUCAUCAUCAUCAUCAUCAUCAGAAUAAUCAUAACACGACGCAAAAUCAUUACUUGGAGAAUCACAAUUCGAAUCACUCGCAGCAAAGCGUCGGCAAUCUCGUCGUAGACGUGGAAACUGGUCACGACAACAAGAAACACAGAAAUGGGCCGUGCGUGAUUCGAUCUGGCACAAGAGAGGUACACAACAAGUUGGAGAAAAAUCGAAGAGCGCAUCUAAAGGAAUGUUUCGAGCUGCUCAAGAGACAGUUACCGUCGCAAGACGAAAAAAAGUCGUCGAAUCUUUCUAUCUUACACGCGGCCAUCAGACAUAUACAGGCGCUGAGAAGAAAAGAGCGCGAGUACGAACACGAGAUGGAAAGGCUGGCGAGAGAAAAGAUUGCGGCGCAACAGAGGCUGGUCGCUUUGAAGAAGGAGCUCGCGGCAACGUGGGAUCACAUCGACUUCAAUACUCUACUGCCAGAACAGAAUUCGUCCACGGAAGCUGCGGCAACGAAAAAUGUUCCAGAAAGCAUGGAAUUCGAGGUGGCCGGUCUUGCGCGCGGCGGCACCAGAUACAGCAGUACGAGCAGUCUUAGCAGCGCUGCGACGGCUAGCUCGCCGCAAGCGCUUCAAACGACGAGCACGAGUUCCAAUAUCCACAAUCAAGUAGCUACGGCCGCCGUAGUCUGUCAAACGCAGGGAUUGAAUCUUGCUCAAGGCUCGAGGGAAAGUCCACCGGCGAGCUCGAGUCCUGGCGUGGGACCCGCAGGGACGCCUACCAUUCCUACUCCGGCCCAGGAGAAAGUGGCGACGUCGCCCACGAAUUUGGUGCAACAGUCUCAUCUGCAUCUACCGAUAAGCGCCCAAAUGUUAAACACGGGUCAAGGACUGGCGACGAUCGUGCCGACCCUUUCACAUAUCGGCCCUGGUCUCAGGGUGAUACCCGGCGACACGAGGCAGUUGCUCGUUACGCAUGCCGCCGCCGCUGCCGCCGCCGCAGCCGCAGCCGCCGGUGCUAACAAUGAAUCCCGGCCGCUCACGUUGGCCGUGCAAAAUUCUUCGGAUCAAUCGAGACCGCUGAUCGCCGUGCAAUCCAACACUGGAAGCGAGCCAAGGCCCGUGGCGCUGGUCGUUCACUCGUCCACGGCUAACGACAAUCGUGUGACGUUCGUGCAUUCUAAUCUGUCGAACAACGAUAGACCGUUGGCUCUCGCGGUGCAAUCGUCCGCGAGCGACGUCAGACCCGUUACGUUCGUACAUUCUGGAAACGAAGGAAGACCGUUGGUUCUUACCGCUCACUCUCCCGCUUUAAACGUCUCCAAUGCCCAAACGAGAAUCAGAACGGGGGAGACGACGCAAACCGCGCAUAAGAUGGUCGGAGGGGUGACGCUGGUCGGUGGAAACGGUUCGGAGCUAACCAGACUUCCCGGUGGCGCAGAAUUGAACAUUCUUCCCGCAAACGGAUUGACCUUGAGCCACGCGGGAGUCUCGCUCCAAACAACGACGGGAAAGGCGGGUUCGACAGUGAUGCAAAAUGCUCCGUCCACAGAAAGUAUAGCUCACAUAGUCGGCCAACAUACUCCUCUUUCCGGUCUGACGCCGAUAGUCACACCGAUGACCGUGGUCUCUCAAGGGAAUCAAGUGACCGCUCACAUUCUGGCACCCUCGAGUCUUGCGGGAAAAAUGAUUACCACUCCCAUUCUCAAGUCCGUGGGACAAAUGCCGCUCGUAAAUGCUCAGUACCUUAAUACCACGACGUUGGUCAAGCCGGUGGUCGUCGUCAGUUCUCCAUCGAAUUCCACUUCACCGUCUACGACGACGGCGUCUAUCACGCAACCUUCCUCGACCUCGCAUUCAACCGUCUGACAGAAUCAAAGGAAGAUCAAGUUAGUUUGAGGAAAGGUUACUUUACAUUGGACACCGAUGCGCGCGACUCGCUUCCAUCGCCCUUUUAUCCUGUACGUACGCUGGCACGUGUAACGCGUUUGUCCCGUUCGCGCUAUUCCUUAGCAUCUGUCGGUCGAAGUGACGGCUAUUGCGACUACGAUUUCAAUCGAAACGAUAAAGCGAUCGUAGUAGAGCUACGUGGGUUGUACGAGUCUCUUGAGAAAAUAACGUUUUGCGCUUCGAUCCUAUAUCAUUGACAUCGAACGAGUUUAUCUAUUUUCCAUCUUUGCUUACGUUUCUUUCGUUUUUCUUUUUCUUCCUUUUCUCUUUUCUCUUUUUUUUUUCUUUUUUUUUUCAGUCACUUCUAACAAAUUCAACGUUUAGAUGUCUACACUAAAUUCUGGCAAAUUCGGGUGUAAACUGAAACGACAUUGUCGUCGUAUCCGUUCUUACUGUUUCUAUAAUAAGAGUACUUCUCCGAUCGAUAUUCCUCUUCUCUCCAAUCCGAGCGUAAACUUGAAAGAGCAUUAAAGAAUCGAUGGAAUGUUAAUUAUCACAGCGAUCGACGCGAACGAUCCAACGUAACCGUAUAUAAAUCUCCAAUCGGCAUGUAUUUCUCUUACGAGGUUGAAAAAUCUUCUCAAAGAAAAAGGAUCUCUCGAAACGUUAUCUUUGCUGUCGCGUAUUUCUCUUGAAGAAAUUUCCAUCUCCGUUUAUCAAAUAACGACCGCUUCGAACGGGAUAUCCGUUGAUGCGUCGAAUAAGAAAUUCGGCAAGAUAUUUUGCUCGUAAUAUUUUUGCCCGUAGAGUGCGAAUAAUUUAAGGAAAACUACCUUAACUACCGUAUCGCAAUUAUCGAUCAAGGAAAGUCGCGAAUUUUUGCGAACGGAAUAGCACCGAUCCGUGCUACAUUUUUACGCUAAAUUUCAAAGUGACGUUCAACAUUGGAUGAAAUCAAUGUUAUCUUUCGACGUUAUCCUUCGAUGCAAUCGAGGAAAGUCGAGCAAAAAGUUAUGAUUGAUUCUUUAAGCGUGGGUGUGAUCCGCACAGUUUCUUUUCUUUUUUCUUUCUUUUUUUUUUUUUUCUUUUUUUUUUCUCUCUUUUUCUCCUUUCUUUUCUUUUCUUUUUCCCCCCUGCCCCCUCCCCCUUUUUUAGAGAUAAAGACACUAGAAGACUAAACGUACUACGAAUGAUAUAAGCGACGAAGUUUUUAAUCGAUCGUGCUCUGGCUGUGGACACAAAGUGAUCGCAAUUUAUUCAAAAAUCGCAAGUUGAACUUUCUUAUGCCGAAAUAACAAAUUGUAUAAGUUGUCCUUCGAAUAAGUUCUAGUAUUUAUUCUUUUAUAUAUUUAUUUUAAUCAUGCAAUUGCAUGUUACUAUUCGGCUUAACAGCAUGCCUAAUAUCUAUUUACGAUUCUUAUCUAUUGAUUUCUAUAAAUAUAUCAAGAAUUUCCUUGCGCUAUCAUAGGCAUUCUAAUAAUUCCGAUAUAAAGAAAUGACAAAGUUAAAGCAAUAUAUAAAGAGAGAAAAUGUUCAUCUGUAUCGGGUCUCAUAAUCAUUACAUGUAUUUGCGUGUAAUUUUUCGUCCAUAUCGAUCCAUGUCGAUGACCUUAUCAAGAAUCAUUGUUUUUAAUACCAGCACGAUUACACGUACAAGUCGUUGGGUACUCGAUGCUCUACCACUCCGACACAAAUCAAUCAAGGUGAACAUUUUCAUUUUUUUCAGUCGUUGCAAUGGUCGAAGAUUGUCUUACUAAAUGUUGAUGGCGAUUUUACAGCGUACAGAAUCGUAAAUACCACUAAUAAGAGAGAAUGCAAGUGAGAGUGAGACAGAGAGAGAGAGAGAGAGAGAAUAAAUGCGAGAGAGAAAGGAAAAACUUAAAAAGCGAGAAACGCUCUUUGGUUAAGAUGAAAGAAAUAAGAAAACUGUCUAUAGAGAUAAGUAGCGCGUAGCAUUCUGUACAUAAUAUCGAUCUAUUCGUGGUAAAAAGAAAAAAGCGAACGAAGAAUGAGAAAGAGAAGGAAGGUGUGUGUAUAUGAACAAUGUGAUAUAAGUAAUGAAUAAAAUAAAUUAGCAUCUCGUGUAGCUUUUAAGGAAACUGUUAAACCGUUUACAGCGUAGAGACGUAUGCUGCUAAUUAUUAUUUACUAACAUCCAUACGAGAUACGAGAUGAGACGUAUAAUUGUAAAUAGAAUAAUGAAACGAUAGAAAAUUACAAAAUAUAACUAUAUUGAGUAAGAUGGGAAGGAAAAAAAAAAUUGGAUAAAACACUCGAAAUUUCGGACACGCUGGAUAUAUCAUCCCAGCUAGUCAGAUUCAUCGUACGUGUUCCACGCGAUAAGAAACACCCGUGUAGAUUGUACUCUCGAGUGAAUGCGACGUGAGAAAAUAAAUGUGAUCGAGCGUCUAA